AAGACAGUGGAGGACGUGGACCAGCAACUAACUAUCAACACCGUAGAAAAGCCCCUGGAUCUCAUCAGGCUCAGCCUGGAUGAGCAAAUUUAUGUGAAAAUGAGAAAUGACCGAGAGCUUCGAGGCCGAUUACAUGCAUGUGAUCAACAUUUAAAUAUGAUAUUGGGAGAUGUGGAAGAAACUGUGACUAUAGAAAUUGAUGAAGAAACAUAUGAAGAGAUAUAUAAAUCCACAAAACGGAAUAUUCCGAUGCUUUUUGUCCGGGGAGAUGGUGUUGUACUAGUUGCUCCUCCAUUAAGAGUUGGCUGAAACAAAGAAUUUAUCGUGUAUGGAAUAUAGAUUUUGUAUGAUUGCCUCUUUAAAUGUAGAAGACAUCCAAAAGAGAAACCUGCAUUCAUUUUGAUAUUAAGAAAUGACCAAGGAUUCUUCCACUCCUGAAAUGAGUUGAUUUGCAGAUAACUCAAAAAUUCUUUUUUUUUUUAAUUUAUUUUUUUUAGAUUUACUUAUUUGUUUAUUCAUGGAGAGAGAGAGAGAGGCAGAGACACAAGCAGAGGGAGAAGCAGGCUCCAUGCUGGGAGCCCGACAUGGGACUCAAUCCCGGGUCUCCAGGAUCACAACCUGGGCGGAAGGUGGCGCUAAACCACUGAGCCACCUGGGCUGCCCUAACUCAAAAAUUCUUAAGCUAAAGGGUAUUUUAAUUUUUUUCCCAACUCUUUCAAUAAAUGUGGUCACCAGGAUGCAGGAAAAAAAAAAAGUCUCCUGUAUAAACUUGAGUCAUCGGUGGAAAUCUGAGUAAAAGAAUUCUGAGUGGGGUGCCUGGGUGGCUUGGGUCAUGAUCUCAGGGUUUUGAGAUUGAGCCUCAUGUCAGGCUCCACGCUGGGCUUGGAGCCUCAGAAUCUCCCUCACCCCCCAACCCCUGCAUUUCGCUCUCAAAAAAAAAAAAAAAAAAUCUGGUAUCACCUUCUAAUAAAUAACCAGUUCUUUGCAAUCUGAAACUUUGGGGGAGUUUCUAGCUGCUAACAAGCUAUUUCUAGUAGUUAGACACAGCCUUCUGCAGGUUGUUACUGUUAAGACUUUCUUGCAGAAGCCUUAAAGAUGCCCCCAGAGUACUUAAUUUCUUCCCUUUGAGUGAUUACUUGCCACCACCACCACUGCUUCCUACUCUCUCCAAGGAUGCUAGCUAGUUAUAGGUUGGGCUCAGUUCUGCUCUAGCUCUGCCACAAGCUCACUGCAUUCUAAGCAGGAAUAGAUGUUUUGUGGUCCUUCUCACCUCUUAACAUCUAUAUUCUCCUCUUCCCUGGUUCCUGAAUCAUUUCUGCCUUGGGUAAUUUCAACAACAGCUCUCUGCUUCAUAGAAAUGCUUCUACAAGAUUUUUAGUUAAGAGAGUGCCACCUUAUGUUUUACAAAACCAUUGAUUAUCAGAGUUGGGGUGUUAAAUCUAGUUUAUGAGAAGAUUUUGUAAGAUUAUCUAAUAGAUUAGUAUCAGUGGUCCACCCUGAACUAAUAUUAGCAUUAUUAAAGAAUCAUCCUGGGGCACCUGGGUAGUAUAGUUGGUUGAGCACCUGACUCUUGAUUUCAGUUCAGGUGGUGAUCUCAGGGUCCUGGGAUUGAGCCCCUCGUUGGGCUCUGCACUCAGCACAGUCUGCUUGAGACUUUCCUCUCCCCCCCCUUCUGCCUCCGCCACUGCCAUGCUCAUGUGUGUGCAUGCACUCUCUCUCUCAAAUCUUAAACAAAAAAACCCUCUAUAACUGCUUUUUCUCCAGUUGGAGACCCCAAAGGCUUUUUUCUAUGUAUCCCACCCUCCCCUGCUCUCAAAAGAAACCAUAAAACUAGUGAAUCCACUAAGAGGUCAGUGGACUGGAAGAAAAUUUGAAACACUUCAGACAGAAUCACUGGACUCAGAGAUUGGAUAUACAAAUAGGGAAAAUAGAAUUUUGUCUUCCCUCCUAACCUGUCUCUCCAGCACACACGGACACAAACUUGCAUGCACCAUAAGCUUAAUAAGACCACAAGAAAUUGAUGAAGCAAACUUUAGUUUGUGUUUUGCCUCAUUUGUAUUAUUUUCCUU